AUGCUUAUUGCGGACACUUUGAAGGACUGGAGAUUUGCCAACAACCCACUAGUCGUCGAUUACUGCAAAAUUCGUUUCUAUUGUGGUAUUCCCAUGGUAACGAAGGAGGGGGAGGCAAUCGGAUGCCUCUCAAUUUUUGAUACUUCGCCAAACGCAAAUAUGAGCGGAUCAAAGAUCGAACGUCUUGAGGCUAUCAGCAGAGAGUUUCUCCAUUUACUUGAGCUUUCGCACAAGGCAUUCUUGAAUAAACUCAGCGUUCGAUUCGCAAAUCUACACACUCAAGCUGAAAUAGAUUUCAUGAAGUUAUCCCUCAAACUAGGAAGAGCUACAAGCAAAGGAGGAUGCAUGGCGGUUUUUGAAAGAGAUGGGUCUGGCAGCGCAUACUGCCGUAACUUGAAUUUCGAAGAUUGCAACAUUUUGGUGAACAAGAAAGUAUCCAGGUCCACGCUUCCUUCAGUGGUUAGCCAGUCGGUACGCAAGCUUUUGUCGGAGACAACGACAAUACGAAAAGCUUUUGAAAGCAUCACCAAAUCCAUCAAUGUUUACCACAGAUUGGAUUUCACUUGCGUUAUGGAGAUUAGAUUUCUCGAACUGUACCAACUCCCAGCCCAGCAUUUCCCCUCCGGAAAUGCGAAAGUAUACCUUGAGAGCUAUCCCAAAAAACACAAGUUGAUUAAGAAGGAUGGAAAAGUGAGGAUCCAAUUGAGAGUCAUUGCCAAAUAUGGUGGUGAUUAUAAGGUUGAAUCAACAGAUGUUGAAGUUUGGCAAAAGGCAUUCAAUAGCGAAUUCGGAGUACAGAUGAAGAAUCUCAAAAACAGUGCAAUCUUCAACCAUGCCUUGAUUAUGCCCUUCUAUAGAGUCAAGCCCAAUUUGGUGAGAGACACUAGGUUUGAGCCAAAGGACGAUAUGUGUGAUGUUUUUCUUCGGUCGGGAGGCUACCUUCUAGGCAUUUUCAGCAAGAAGAGAGAUGAUCUCUUCGAGACAGGCAGACUCUCCCGGUUCUACGACCAUGUCCUGCUUGUUCAAAAAGUAUGUAUGGGCAAAUAA